AAGGUCUUCAGGUGCCAGCUGCCGAGAAUUAAUGCAUUUUAUACUGCUGAAGAACCUAAGGGAUGCAUGGGAUCACAAUGUUCAGCAUACCAUGCUCGGCUUUGUGAUUGGUGUGGUACAUGGAAAGGUGAAAUUUUGUGCAGCCACUGUAGCGAAGCAAGCUACUGUUCUAGUAAGCAUCAGGAAUUGCAUUGGAAUGCUAGUCACAAGAACGAUUGCUCUCAGAUACCAGGUUGCAGGGAAAGGUUGUUUGAACUACCAGUCGAAGGGAAAGCAUUUCCUGGCCAUGCAUGGCCUGAAUAUGUGGUGGAUCAGGAACCUGAGUCAUCAUGUCCGACUUGUUAUGUCAAGGAUAAUUCAGAACUGAUGGUGGUAGAAGGAGAAGUCGAACCAGAUGCCAUGAUGCAGUUAUUCAUGGAUCAGUUUGAGGAUGAUGAGGACAAUACACGCUGGGCAUCUUUCAUAGACCGUCUUUCAAGACAGCCUCAAGUCUUGAGGUAUUGUGCGAAAGAAGAUUCGGAACCUCUUUGGGCGGUAUCAACCGGGUCUCUGACAUUUGAUGAUAUCCCUUUGUGCAUAUAUUGUAAUGGGCAACUUCGCUAUGAAUUUCAGCUAAUGGCUCAACUGCUCCAUUACUUCCGUGUUGAAAAUGAACGAGAUCCUGUUGAUUGGGCAACAAUAGUUGUGUACACAUGUCGAGAGUCAUGUGAUGAAAGUGUUAGCUACAAGGAAGAAUUUGUACGAGUUCAGUUUUCUCCGCCUACAAGAAGAACAUGCCGCAGUAUUCCUUAGCCAGCAGGUCCUUAGUGCUUAAUUUCAUGAAGAGAUGAAUCUUGGAAGGAUGUUCAGAAUAAAAGGCAGUGAAACUUUUGUAACUGUCAUAUACCUGGAUUUUAUACUUAUCUGAAACCUCUAUUUUGUUGCCUGAUGUGGACGAUUAUCUGCAUGACUGCACAGCCAUAUAA